ACGUAAUUAGGCCAUGUAAAGACGCAAUGGUGUCCGCAAACAUUGCUGGUAAUCAUAAGUAGACCAUCCAUUGAAUGAGGUGUGUUCGUAAAUAGUUAGAUCGUCUAUCAAUAGUCUGGUGGUGGUAAGAGCCUCCCGAACGGAGAAUGUUAAGGCUUGCCUGGUCGGGUUUUCCUGUGCUAAUACCGCUUGCCACCUCACAUCUAAUUAGUUUGGUCAGGCUAUGCUGGCUUUGCAGUAAGACUUCUGUGGAAUCACACCUACGGAGACCGACGACAACGCCCCAGCAGGACGACUUGCAGUUCAACCAAUAGUCUUCCAAGUCUGUACUAGCUCCUAGCACUGCCGUCCUUAAUGAAAGAUGCUGGGGUCAGCAAGCAUUUGUUCUCAGGUGCACUUUCAGGAUUCGCAGGAGCAGUAUUACUCCAGCCUCUCGAUUUGUUAAAAACACGGAUACAACAAGGAGACACAUGCACAUCUGCGCUCCCGGUGAGUAGCGAUUUGCACGUCAUAUGGAAUACCGCUCGUGAUAUCGUCAAACAGGAUGGAAUGAAGGGACUUUGGAGGGGAACGACGGCUACGCUCAUGCGGAACGUACCAGGGGUAGCGUUAUACAUGACCAGCCUAACUCACCUCCGCGCAAUCAUGACCAGGUCACCCUAUUUCGCAGCGCAGGACAUGCGUGAAAUGAGAGACGGUGUCAAAACAGUACUCCCCAAACUUUCAAGCAAGGGCAAUCUGAUAGCUGGGGCAACCGCCCGUGUCGCUGUUGGCCUCCUGCUCAACCCUUUCUCAGUGGUGAAAGCACGCUUCGAGAGCGAGCUCUACUCGUAUAAGAGCCUAACUGGUUCACUCGUCUCGGUGUUGCGCUCGGGUCCCUCCGAAUCGAUGCGUGGUGUUUUAGCAUCGUCUUUGAGAGAUGCCCCAUAUGCCGGGUUGUUCGUCGUCGUUUAUGAAGCUGUUAAGAACGAAGCCACGUUUCUAGCCCCUAACGUAUACCCUACCACCAUACACGGCCUCUCCGCUGCGUCCGCAGGUGCCAUUGCUACGAUGGCCACUCACCCUUUUGACGUCAUCAAAACCAAGAUGCAGGUCCGUUCGGAAGAGCGAUACCGAGGGUUCAUAUCCACAACGUCUAGAAUCUGGCAGCAACGAGGUGCCGUUGGGUUCUUCGAUGGUGCCUCUCUUCGUAUGUCUCGCAAGAUCCUCAGCUCUGUCAUUGGUUGGGCAGUGUUUGAGGGCGUGCUUCUUCUCAUUCAUAAGCGCAACUAG